AUGGGACUGGAUAUUAAAUCAGUUCUAGUUGUUGACGGCGUUGGAGCUAACUGCACUGAAAUAUUAAAUUCACAUGGCAUCAAAGUCACAAAUAAAGCGAAGAUCACAAAAGACGAACUCUUAAAAGAAAUUCCGAAUUACGAAGCACUUGUGGUCCGUUCGGCAUCUAAAGUCACAAAAGAGAUUCUGGACGCUGGAAGUAGACUUAAAGUUGUAGGCCGCGCCGGUGCCGGCGUCGAUAAUAUCGACGUUGAGGCAGCCGGAAAAAAAGGAAUCGGAGUUAUCAAUGCCCCUGGCGCAAAUGCUUUGAGUGCUUGUGAGCUCACUUGCGGCCUUACAAUGGCGUUAGCAAGGUACGUAGUGCCAGCAGCAACUGGCCUACGGGCUGGCCGUUGGGACCGAGCCCUCUAUACUGGCACCGAACUUAACGGCAAAACCCUGGCUAUUCUUGGUCUAGGAAGAGUUGGAAGGGAGGUUGCCGUUCGUAUGCAUGCUUUUGGAAUGAAGAUUGUUGGCUUCGAUCCAUUUGUAUCAGCAGAGCAGUGCAAGGAGUUCCACGCUACUAAAAUGGAGCUCGAUCAGAUUUGGCCGAUUGCUGACUACAUCACACUCCACACUCCUCUAAUUGAAUCAACUCGCAAUUUCAUCAACGCAGACGUUCUCAAGAGAUGCAAAAAAGGAGUGAAGUUAAUAAAUGUUGGACGUGGCGGGCUUAUCAACGAACGGGAUCUUCUUGAUGCAUUAAACGAAGGACAGGUUGGUGCGGCGGCACUGGACGUUUUUGAAAAGGAACCUCCGACAGACCCUUUGACCUUGGAAAUAAUUCAACAUCCGGCUGUUGUGGCAACACCGCAUCUCGGUGCAUCAACCAAGGAAGCCCAAGUACGUGUUGGUCAGGAAAUAGCCGAGCAACUUGUGAACUUGGUGAAACCUGGCACCUAUGCCACACCCCUAGCCGAGGUGACCCGCGUCCUCACAAAGUGA